CGCACAUGUUAGUUACGGAGCCCCGGCUUCCGGGUUUGUAGCCAGGCUGGCAAGAAGUCCUAGGAGCGGUUCAGACGCCUUAGUAACUCUGGGGGGGGAUAUGAGACGAGUCACCCUGUUUGUUAAUGGCAGCCCCAGGAAUGGAAAGGUCGUGGCUGUUUAUGGGACUUUGUCCGAUUUGCUUUCCGUCGCUAGUAGUAAGCUUGGUAUAAAAGCAACCAGUGUGUACAAUGGGAAAGGUGGACUUAUUGAUGACAUUGCUUUAAUUCGGGAUGAUGAUGUUCUUUUUGUAUGUGAAGGGGAGCCAUUUAUUGAUCCUCAGACAGACGUCAGUCCUCCCGAAGCACUGACAGGAUCUCAUUCAGACUGGAUAACACUGAACGUUGGAGGAUGCUACUUCACUACUACCCGGAGCACUCUAGUUAGCAAAGAACCGGACAGCAUGCUGGCUCGCAUGUUUAAAGACAAAGAUGUGUGGGGGAACAAGCAGGACCACAGGGGAGCCUUCCUGAUUGACCGCAGCCCCAAGUACUUCGAACCAAUUCUGAACUAUUUGCGUCAUGGACAACUCAUUGUUAACGAUGGCAUUAACUUGCUGGGAGUCUUGGAAGAAGCCAGAUUCUUUGGGAUUGAUUCACUAAUUGAACAUCUAGAAGUUGCUAUUAAGAAUUCACAACCAGCAGAAGAUCAUUCUCCAAUCUCCCGGAAGGAAUUUGUCAGAUUUCUACUUGCAACUUCAACCAAGUCUGAGCUUCGUUGUCAGGGUUUAAAUUUCAGCGGAGCAGACCUCUCUCGCUUAGAUCUCCGAUACAUAAACUUCAAGAUGGCCAACCUGAGCCGCUGCAAUCUAGCUCACGCCAACUUGUGCUGUGCAAACCUUGAGCGAGCAGACCUUUCCGGAUCGGUGCUCGACAGUGCCAACCUCCAAGGGGUAAAGAUGCUUUGUUCCAAUGCAGAGGGAGCAUCGCUCAAAGGCUGCAACUUUGAAGACCCCUCGGGCCUUAAAGCUAACCUGGAAGGUGCCAACUUGAAAGGGGUUGAUAUGGAAGGGAGUCAGAUGACGGGCAUCAACCUGAGAGUUGCGACGCUGAAAAAUGCCAAGUUAAAAAACUGCAACCUGAGAGGAGCAACUCUGGCAGGAACGGAUUUGGAGAAUUGUGAUCUGUCGGGUUGUGACCUACAAGAAGCCAACCUGCGAGGAUCAAACGUCAAAGGGGCGAUCUUUGAAGAGAUGCUGACACCGUUGCACAUGUCUCAGAGCGUCAGAUAGGCCGGCCAGAGGAAUGGGCUCCCCCUCCCCACACAGACUCUCCUUUCUCCACCCCUUAUCCUCAUGAUGUCAGAGUGACACUCAUACACAGCUUGGGAUUCUUCAGUAGUGCCUGGAGAGCGGCCUCCAAUCACAUAGGCAUGGGCUCUUCCCUUUCCCAGACCUAGCGCAGACACUGUUAUGUUCUUGAACCGAAUCCGGAAAGUGACAAGAGACAUUACUAUUUGCUCUCUGAGCCUAUUGGCACUUUCUUACCACCUCAUUCUAAGAUGCAUCGUAGGGUUUUUAAUUUAUAAAAGCACAAUAUAUGAUAUUUAUAUUUAUUAAAUUCCUUGUUGCAGUA